AUAUGAUCAAUUGAGUUAUCCCCCUUACAAUAACAAUGAACAAAUUGGCAAGGUUCCGCAUUCAACACGGUUUUCCUGUUGUAUAUUCCUGUUCUAAGAAGAGUUUUUCUCAGAAGACUUUUGACAGUUAUAUUGGACCCUCCGCCAAAGGAUUGUUGGAUUCAUGUAUUAAGAAGUAUGAAGAUUUUGUGGGGCUUACAGAAGUUCGAGAAGCACAAGCACAAGUCUUGCAGGCUGAGUCGAAGUUUGAGGAAGUCCAAGAGAAGAGAAGAAACACAAAUAAAGAUCUAACUGUGAUUAAUUCUAAACUGAAAAACGUAGCUGUAGAGUUGGAAAAAACAAACCGUGGCACUGACCGCUACUUAGAGCUAGUUACUAAAGAAAAUGCAAUAAUCAAAGAAGAAAAUGAAAUGGCAGAAGAAGUUAGACUCCUAGAAGAACAAGUCCGAGCUAAUUUUGCUAUUCUUUCUUCUGCUUUGAGAGACAGUCACGAGAAGGAGCGCGCGCAAGGUGAAAGGACCAAAUACUGGUCAAUAAUCGGAUCUAUCAUCGGUGCUGCUAUAGGAAUAACAGGAACUACUAUAAAUAACUAUCUUCGAAUGAAAGAGUUGCGCGGAAUUGUUCAAACGUCUGCUGGGACGACGGAAGAUUAUAGAAAAAUAGCAAUGCAACUGUGUGAUGCUGUCAAGUCACAAAACAGUAAAUAUGAAGACUUUUUAGGUGACAUUAGGACAGCCAUAGGUGAAAAUAAUCCGAGUCCAAAACCAAUUGGGAAGUAUUCUUCUACACAAAUUAAUGAUAUUGUCGAAUUAUUGAAAACUCAAGACAUUAAAUUAACAAAAGAAAUUGCAGGUGUGAAGGAAUUACUGGGACUGAAAGAAGCAUCGUUGUCUACUUCUAACGUCAUUUAUGUCGGCCCACAAAUGGAGGAGUUAUUGUCUCAAACCGAACGAAAUUUAGAAUGGAAGAUAAAAUUGAAUUCUUUAGCUACUGUAACUUUUCUAUAUGGAGCAUUAGCAUUAACUUUGCCUUUUAUAUUGAGUUUCUUUAAAGGAAGUUCACCAUAGCAUUCAAAUAAAAAUAGAUUCCUCAUCCUAGCCAUUUUUUAAAUGAAUGUAUGGUUUGUAUUUUUAUUUGUAAAUUGUAUAAAACCAUUUACCAUGUU